GGAAAGAUAACUCUCAAUUAUUCGAUCUAAACUCGCAUUUGUUGUUUUCAUAAAUUUACAAUGACAGAAUCUGAGAAUGGGAAGGACAUCAUUUCAUGGGCUGACCCGCAAUAUAUUUGUCUUAACAAAAACAAAAAAUAGAUCUAGAUUUAUUAAUCAUCUCUUCCCACAAAAUAUUGUGUCUUCACAUCAAGCCUUCUGUAGAUCUAUUGUGGAUACAACUAAUAAGUUAACAUCUAAGAACAAGUAUAGCUUUUGUGAGAGUCGUGAUAAAAUUACUGGGUUACUUUUGAAAACAAACCACAGCACUUGCAAAACUCAAUGUAAAGUUAAACAUGGCCCCAUAUCUGUUUAUGAGCAAAAGGUCUCGCAAGGGGAGUUAAAUAGAGAUGCCCAUCAACUCAAGGUUGUUGAAAGACUGCAGAAACUACAUGAAACUUUAAAGUCCUAUCAACCUGACGUAGCCACUACCAAGCAGAAAAAAUCGUUUUGGUUUCAGAAUGUUGAGAAAAAAGAGAGAUAUGUUAAAGGACUUUACCUCCAUGGUAGUGUAGGUACUGGUAAGACUAUGCUAAUGGAUAUGUUUCAUGACACAAGUGAUGUCAUUAGAAAGCAGCGGGUACAUUUUCACAAGUUUAUGCUUGAUGUUCAUAAAAGGAUUCAUGCUUUAAAGAAACUACAGCCCAAGAUAACAACCACCAUGAAUAGUCAACCUUUUGACCCCAUCAGUCCAAUAGCCUAUCAAAUAAGUCAGGAAGCUUGGCUUCUAUGUUUUGAUGAGUUCCAGGUGACAGAUGUGGCUGAUGCUAUGAUUCUUAAACGACUUUUCACAGAGAUGUUUAAAAAUGGAGUAGUUGUGGUAGCUACAUCUAACAGACCCCCAGAUGAUCUUUACAAAAAUGGACUUCAACGAGCUAAUUUUCUCCCAUUUAUUGAUGUUCUCAAAAAGUACUGUGAGAUUAUCCCCCUUGAUUCUGGUAUUGAUUACAGAAUGCUGUCCCUUCCUGGGGAAGGCAAAGUUUAUUUUGUAGGCUCACCUGAUGAAACAAAUAUGCAUAUUGACAAAAUUAUCCAGGAAUUUCAGUUUCUAUACAAACUUGAGUUAUCAUCUAAAACUUUGACUGUUCUGGGUAGAAAAUUGGUGCUACCAAAAACAUAUGAUAAGAUUCUGGAUACUUCAUUUGAUGAUAUGUGCAGAAAGAACCUGGGAGCUGUAGACUACUUGGAAAUAUGCAGAGAGUUUGACAUUGUGGUGUUGCGUGAUGUUCCCAACAUGUGCCUGGGUGCCAGAUCAGAAGCUCGACGGUUUACAACAUUAAUAGACACUCUGUAUGACAACAAGGUAAAACUUAUUAUGAGUGCUGCAUCAGAACCAAAGUAUUUGUUUAGUGUAGGUACCAUCACCACUAAAGAAUCUGAUGCCAACAGGACUUUGAUGGAUGACCUUGGUAUCAGUGAUAAUUCGGAACUUGCCAAGUCUAGUUUAUUUACUGGAGAGGAAGAAAUUUUUGCCUUUGAUAGAGUUGUAUCUAGACUAACCCAGAUGCAAACCAAAGAAUAUUGGGAAAGAAAUUCAUCAGUUGUGACAUUGCAUGGAAGCACAGUGCCUGAGACACAGUCAAAUAAAAGUGUAUCCAGCUCUUGACAAGAGUAGAAUAUUAGUGACUGUAUUAGUUGUCUAGAAAUUAGUCAUCCCUUUUGGGGCUUUUUAUUUAUUUGAAAAAGUGUGAUAAUUGUAAGUAUUAUUCAGGAAAUGGAGAUUAUAAUUAUGUCCUUUUAAUUUCUGUUUUAGGCUAAAACUGUAAUUUCUUUAGCACAGAACCUUUAACCUUUUAUCAAAUGAUGCAUUGAUCUUUUUACAGUCAUGUUUGGCUAAUCUUAAUUUACAAAAACUUAUGUAAAUAGAAAAUUACUAUAUUGAUUAGCUUAACAUAACAAAAAGAAAACUUUUAUUUAAACAUUGAACUCAUGAUAUGCAUAAUUUUAAUUCAAAUGCAUGUUGUUUAUUAGCAACAUACAUUUUUUAAAUUAGUAUUUUUUGUAAUUUUCUGAAAUUUUGAAGUGAUGAGUUUUGAAUAUUAAUUACUCAUGCUGUUUUGAUGUCGAGGUUUAAAUUGAUUCUAGUGUAAUGAGUGAUUUUAUUAAAGUGCUCCCUGUUUCAAUUAUCUCACACUAGAAUGGUAUGUCAAAAAGAUGUUUUAUAUAAUAUUUUUAAUUUUCAUACAUUUUAUUUUAUUUUAAAUUUGGCAUUACUGGUAUUUUAGAAAUAUUGUUUUUUUUUAUUGCUUAUUAACUCUAUUGAUGAAAUAAUAGACAGAACUGUUAUGAUGCUGUGUUAUACACAUGUUUGUGUGGGUAAUAAUUCCAAUUAAAAACAGUAUUUUUAGAUACCCGGUUAUUUUUUAAUCAAUGCACUGCCCAGUGAAGGAAUUGACUGUUUAUUUGAUUUGUUAGUCAAAGUUUAAAUAAUUAGUGACAUUUGUUUCAAUGUGAAAAAUAACUUUUAGAUAAUACUCAACCAUGGCACCUUUGUGCAAAUAGUAUUAGAAUCUCAUUAAAUACAUUAUUUUUAAAAUAUUGCCUUAAGAAAAAAAAUUGGCAGGUUUAGAAAAUGUCCAUUGUUUUACACAUAAUAUAUUAUUUACCUUUGAAAGUUAUAUUAUCAUCAAUAAAAAAUAUAUAUAUAUAAACGAAUGUAGCAGUUUGAAAGUUGACACCAUCAAUAAAAAUACUGUGUAACUUAAAUAAAUAAAAUGAAAUGCAAAAAAAAA